AUGUCUUCCCAAAGGAACAUGUCUGCUGCUGGAGUUCAUGGAGUUUCAGUCAGUUCUGUGCCACCAUCAGCUUUCUCACCUGAUGGAGAGUACCGGCAAAUCCAUUCUUCGGAUGAGGAAGAAGAUGAAGAUGACUUCCAAAUUGCUACCAAUUGUGAAAGGCCUAAAGGUCAUGUAGUAAGGCGAAUCCAAGAUUCUGAUAGUUCUGAUCAAGAGGAAAAUGAUGCAUCAUCUGGUAAAGAAGAGAAUCUAGCCUCAGAGGGUCCUUUAUCACCAGUCAAACUCCAGACAAGACACAGAAGGGUUUACUUGUCAGGUGAUGAAUCAGAGGAAGAGAAAGAUCAGGCCUUAAAAAUAGAAAAGCCCUCAUCAAGGAUUUCUGAGAUUAUGAAACAGCAGAAGCAGGAAUCUGAGGAUGCAGUAAAUUUGGUCUUCAAGAAUAGGGAUUUAUUUGAUCCUGAAGACUCUGAGGAUGAAAAGGAUGAAGUGCAUCAAUCAGCAAACAUCAACACUCCUCCUUCUUCAGACUCUGAGGAUGCUAAGGGUACUGAUAUUCAGAAGAAAAAAAGUAGAAAGCAGAAGACUCCCAAGAAGAGGGUGAGCAAUCAAAAAGGAGAAUCUGAAGCAAAGAAGAUCCAUUCUGUGAGUCAGCGUAUGAUGAGAGAAGCCCCCAUCACCCUCCCAUAUCACAGACCAAGACAGCGGACAUUGCAGGAAUUUUUGAACAGGAAGAAGCUUAAGUUGGACACUAUCAAACCCAAGCCUCAAGAAUUAGAAAAGAUCACGAAGAAGUUGAAGGAAAUGGACAAAGAGGUGGAACAGUUCUACAAAUCAGACGAUGAUCAAGACAUGCCAACACAAGUACAAGAAAGAAGUGAUGAAGUCCAAGAUGACUCAGGAAUCCAAGUGAAUGGGUCCCAAAAUUCCUGCUCAGGAGAGGAGGAGACUCAAGAGACUCCCCUACCUUACAAUAAAGCAGAUGCAAGGAAUAAUCAGGAUGGUUAUUCACAGUCAAAUGGAGGUGACAUUGAUGAGAACAAGGAGAAUGUAGUUCCAGCCCAGCAAGGUGCUCAUUCUGACCAAGACCCUGAGAACAAAGAGAAUAUUAGUCCUGGUCAUGAAAUUGUUGAGCAAGAGGUGAAUGAAACUAAUGAAUUGGAAAGUGUUGAUUGUGGAAUGCCCCUUAAAGUGAGGAAGUCACUUUUCCAAGAAUCUUGCAGAGAGUCACACCUGUCUGCAGCCGAACAGUUUGAUGUGUCCACUAUAUCUGUCCAUGAUCAUGAUGCCAAAAGUGAACCUGCAAAAGACCAUUCAUCUGUUGAUGAAGCAAGAGAUUCUGAAGAUGUUGAUUCUGUUCCCAUUACUCUUUCCAACUCGAAGAUCCCAAAAUCAAAGCCUCUGCCUCACUCAGUCCUGCUAUCUCAAGUGCUCUCCAAGAAUCAAACUGUCCUGACCAAGAAACCUCAGCUUAGUUCAAAUGAAUCUGGCUUUAUUGAUUUGGGUGGGGAUGAGGAUGAUAUGAAAAGAAAGAGCUCUGGAAUAUUAGGAUUCAUGGAAAGGUUCUUGAAGCACUCUUAUUUGAAGCCUACCCCAAAGAAAAAGGAUCGUGAUGUCAAGCUUAACAUUGUACACAAAGAUACUGACAGUCAAGGACUGGAGGAACUGAAGUUAGAGACUGUGACUGUCCAUCUUCGUGGUGAGGAAGAGCCAAAUCCUGAAGAGCAAGCUCCUGGAGCAAAGCUCUUGAAACUCAAGCAGGCUUUACAGGCAAAGAUCAGACAAAAAAGGGAGGAAGAAAUAAAGAGGAAACAGGAGCUUCAUGCCAUGGAUAAUGAACAGGACCUUGAUGCAGAUGAACCAAUGGAAGAAGAUGAAGAAGCCCAAUUCACAGAUGUAGAUGAGAAUGAAGAUUCAUCAGAUGAAGAAGAUGAGGAGGAAGAAUUGCUUGAGGAUGUAACUGAAAUUGAGACUGAGUCUAAAAAGCCAAGGAAUCCAUUUGUGGAUGAUGAAGCAGAGGAGGAUGAUGAAAUAGAUGAUCCAGGUUAUGAAGACAAUGAUUGCAGUGAAAGCCAGCUUCAGUCAGCAUCAGAGGAUGUGGCAUUGGACACAGAACAUGAUGAUUCUGUUGAGAGACAGGAGCAAGAACUGCCUGAUAUAGAUGGACCUUCAUCCCCUGUUUCUCAUCUGACCCAAUUUGUGGAAAAAGAUGCAAGAAAACACAAAGAGACUGAAGAUGUUUCAGAGGCAGACACUAGUUUCAGCAAGCUGGAAGCCAGCAAGUCACAGAAGCAUUUAUCUUCAGAGGAUCUGUUUGCCAGUUCUCAAUAUAUUGAUGAAGCUGGGAAGAAAGUUGAGAGGGAGAAAGAUGAAGAUGAAAAAGAAAGAGAAAUGGAAGAUGGAGAUGGAAGCUUCAAUUUGACAGGGUCUCUCAUCCCACCUUAUCAGCCUGGAGGUGGUAUUACCAAUCAGAUAGAGCCUGACAAAGAGGCAGAGAAUGAGAAUAUCUUUUUAACAGGUUUUCUCACCCCCUUUGAGAAGAGUAGGGAGAAUCUCAGCCCAAGUCCUACUCUUGGCAUGGGGAGGAAUCAAUCUUUCAGUCGUCACCCAACUAUGCCAAUUGAUGACACUCAAGAAGCAACAUUUCCAGAUUCCACACCAGACAGACUUCAUUCUCUUCCAUCUCCAUUAAAACUCAUCUCAGCUCAUGAGGAUUCUCCAGUCAGCUCAAGCAAGAAACUUCUUGAUCAGUCCAAGAAUGUGUCCAUCAACAGUGAGGACAACAUGAAGGAACUCUUAGGACUCUGUUCUGGAAGGUUCUCUCCUAGCAAAAAGGGGAUUGAGAAGCUGUGCAGCCAGAGAGAAGAUGAAGAAAAUAUGGAAGAGCUGCUGGCAUUAUGUUCAGGACAGUUUGGAAAGAAUAGUGUUGACAGCAGUUCUCUUCCAAGAACUAAAAGCCAUGGACAUGAACUUGGAGAAUCAGAGGAUCUUUUAGCAGGAUUUUUGGAGGCACAUGCCAUCCAAACUCAACUUCAACUUCACACUCCUGAAAAACUUGAGGAAAGCACCAUCAUUCUACAGAAGAUUAAUGCAGAAAGUGAUGAGAGUGAUGAUGAAGUGCCUGUCUUGAGGAGAAAGAAGCGAAAGCUCGCUUUCUCAGAUGAUGAUGACAAUAUUUCUCUUGUAAAAACUGACAAGCCUGAUGGUAGAAAUGGAGAACAGGGAAAUGAAGAUGAAGAGGGUUCUAGUGAUGAAUUAUGUUACAGUAAUGAGGAGCCAGCUGAUAAUAAGUUGAAUCUGCAAGACUAUUUGGAGGAGGAGGCAGAGCUAUCAGGUUCAGAGGCAAGUGAGGAUGAAUCAGAAGGAGAGGAAGAAGAAAAUGGAGAUGUGGAAGGCCUCCUUGCCAAGGCAGAAGAUGAGGCUGCUUUGCCCAGCAUUAGCAAGAUUCAGGCCCAGCUCUCUAAAGUUCAUGUGCGGCAGGCUAUUGAUCAAGAUAUCAGAGAACUUCGACUUAUGCAGGAAAUAUACUUGGAAGAUGGGGAUUUGCAUUCAGAUGCUCAGCGACAGAGGAAAUUCAAAUGGAAAAGCACAGAUGGGGAUUCCGAAGAACUGGAAAGACGAGCUUGGGAUGAUGAAGUAGGAGUGGUGGAAGACCAAGAGGAAGAUGCCAGUUGGAGAGUUGAAAGAUUUGAGAGAGAGAAGUGGAAACAUGAAGCAGAAAAGUUUGAUUCAGUGGCAGAGGAUCCUUCAAGUAUUUUGGAUUCUGAGGAUAGUCAAUUUCUUCGUAUGGGACACAAAGCCCUGCAGAGAAUGUAUAGUAGAGAUUCCAAUGGAAACAGAGUGUUCAACUCAGAGCAGGUGCCAAAGGAACCCACUAAAUUAGAGGGGACCAAGAAGCCAGCCUCUUCUGCCUCCCUUUAUUCCCUUCUGGCCUCUCCUGAUUCCAAGUCACAGGCAUCUCUUUCAAGGAAAGGAUCGUUCUUGGCCAGAGGGUCACAUGUUUUGGAAUGCCUGGCACAGGUAGUGAAAACAGGAAGCAAUAGCAAUGCAACUUCAGCACGAGGAAGCAAGAAGAACUUUGUCUUUGCUGCUCUUAGUCCCAAGGAAGUCCAGAAGAAGCCAAAGUCAAAUUUUGAUAAUGUUAGGAAAGAUGCUCAGGGAUCUGAAACAUCAGGAGGUACAGAGCAGAAAGGAGCUAAGAGGCGCAAGGCUGCAACACCUCAAAAGAGACCACUGAAGAAGCCCCGAGUUGAUAGAAGUUUCCAAACUCUGGAUGAGCCCUAUACCCCAGAGAGGCCUAGCCUCUGGCAAGUGCUACCACUCCUGCCCAGUCGCAAGGAUGCACUGGCCGCUCUGGCCAUCCUCCAUGCUUAUUUUGAGCACAAGAAUGUUGAUCUGAACUAUGUGGAUGCACUGGAGGAUCAAUUUUGCUAUGGUUUGGGGGCAGCAUUGGGCUUGUUCACAGCAAGUGUGAAUCCUACCAUCACUGGUGUUGAUGCAAAGCAGCAGACUGCUCGAGAAGUACUACGUGAUAUGAAACACUCAACUCUGACUCAAGCAAAAAAUUUUGCACUUAUUGGAGCAAUGUUUUCUGCUGUGGAAUGCACCAUAGAAACAUAUCGUGGAUGUGAUGAUUUGAAGAAUGGUACAUAUGCUGGAGCUGUCACAGGAGGGAUCAUAGGACUCCGAGUGCAGGUUGUGGGAGGGCGUGGAAACAACUUGCAUGAAGUAGAGGCCCCAGAUGGCAGUUUAUUCUUGGUUUCUAUGCCACCAAAGUUUAGAAAGAAUGUAUGGAUCAAGAGAGGAGAUUUUGUUGUGGUGGAGCCUAUUCCUGAAGGAGAUAAAGUAAAGGCUGAAAUAACCAACAUCUUAUACAAGGAUCAAAUCAAGCAUAUCCAAGAAGAAGGACUCUGGCCAACUGAAUUCAUCCAGGAUCCAGAAGUAGGAGCUGGAGAUAUGAAGAAAGGGCAGAGCAGCAGUGAGGAUGAAGAUGAUGAUUCAAGCAGCACAAGCGAUUCUGAGAGUGACCUCUUUGAGAAUCCAAAUCGACCAAAAGUUCCUGUGAUGAGUGACUCCAGUUCCAGCGAGAGUGAUUCUGACUGCGAGGAUUCAUCAGAGUCUGAUUCUAGUGAUCCUUCAGAUUCCAAUCCUUAUAAUAUUGAGGGUGUGACAACUGUGUUUUCCAACCUCAAAGUAGCUGGGGCUCCCCCAACUAAAAGUGACCCAAAGAAGUAAAUCAUUGUUGGAAAUUUUGGUGCAAAAGUACAACCUGCUGAAAAAUGAAGUUGAAAUAUUUCUUUGCCCAAUUGACUCCU